GACAUUUGAAAGUUAGAAAACAGUGAUGGUGACAAAUCGCUUGUUUGUGAAAAGCAUAAAUUAAAUCAUUUUAACAAGAUUAACAACAAGAUAAAAUCAUAUAAGUUAAUAAUCCUGAGUCUAUACUAUUUUCUUAUCUAUGUGAAUUAUACACGUAAAGUUUCCACAUUAAUAAUUUUAAUAUUACAAAUACAUAGUUUUAUUGAGUGCAGUUGAAAAAAUGGGGAUCUUUGGAACCUCAUCACCGUUUGACCAGGACGUUGAACGUGCAACCAGCGAAAACAACACCAGCGAAGAAUGGGGUCUAAUUCUGGAGAUAUGCGACCGAGCUGGCGCCAGCGCAACCAACUCGCGCGAUUGCCUCCGCGCCGUCAUGCGCCGCUUAGCCCACCCCGACCCACACGUUCAAGUUCAUGCCGCUACCUUACUGGACGCUUGUAUUUCCAAUUGUGGCAAGAUAUUCCACCUCGAAGUAGCAUCCAGAGAGUUUGAAAUGGAGUUCCGUAGGCUUCUCUCGCGCGCCCAGCCGGCGGUAUCACAGAAAUUGAUGGCUCUGCUACGCAAAUGGGCGGAGGGUGAAUUCCGUAACGAUCCCCAGCUGGAUCUCAUACCGUCGUUGCAUAAUAAACUAUGCUCGGAACUUGGUGAGAAGACUAGUGUGCCAACUACAGAAGCUCAGCAAGCUACCAAAGACGCGGCCGCCCAACGGGAACAAGAGGAGCUGGCUCGUGCUAUAGCGCUAUCUCUCCGGGAAGCCAACACGGCAUCCACCACAUCCGCUGGCACAGCUCUCUACCCCAAGGUGGAGACUACAGACGCGCCAGCACCGACUCCAGCGAGGAAGGUCCGAGCCUUGUACGACUUUGAGGCGGCUGAAGAUAACGAGCUCACGUUCAUGGCUGGAGAGAUAGUGCAUGUCACCGACUCGAGCGAUCCCAACUGGUGGAAGGGUUACAACGAGCGCGGUGAAGGCUUGUUUCCAGCUAAUUUUGUUACGUCCGAUCUCACUGAACCCGCACCAGAAGCCGAAGCGCGCCCCACGGCGACAUCUAGCGGCAAGACCGUGCAGUUCGCCGCCGAAACGCCAGUGCGCAUAGACGAGUCCGCCAUGGACGAAGCGUUGUCACUCCUGCAUGAAGCGGACCCCACCGGGGAGACGCAGGACGAUGCUAGACUGUCGGAGUUGGAGGCGAGGGUGUACGCCAUGGGACCGCUCGUGGAUACCGAGUUGGAGAGGGCUGAUCGGCGUCAUGCAAGACUGACACAGUUGAGCGCCGAACUGGUGGACGCCCUGAACCUGUAUCACGAGCUGAUGCGCGAUCCGAAGCCGCUGUAUGUGCCGUACGUGCCGGUGCCGCUGCCGCACCAGCUGCCACACCAGCUGCCGCACCCGCACCCGCUGCCGCACCAGCUGCCGCACCAGCCGCAGCCGCCGCAGCCGCAGCCCCAGCCGCCUAGAUGCUGAUUAAACCACGGCUUCAAUGUGCAUAGAGAAGCCAGCGUCCAAACCGUUAAGUUUAUUAUAAAUUAUUAUCACAUUCUUAUAGCAUUAUUAUUAAUAUAAUAAUAUAAUAAAAUAAUAAAAAUCCCUAUUAUUAUUUUGUGUUUUGAAAUAUUCUUUGUCUAUGGUGCGAAUGUAACUCAAAAGAAAAAUAAAUCGCGUAUACAGAGUGUUUUAUUUUCUGUUAGAAAUGAGAAAGUCAAUUUACAUUCUUUUUUUUAUUUUAAAAUUAUUAUAAUUGAAUCACUAAAAUUCAGAUUGUCAACAUGGUGAAAUAAUAAUCUUUUAACUGUGAUAUUGUAUACUUUUUUGGGGUCGUUUUUUAAAGUAUUAAAAUUUGAAUGUAACUGAACCCAAUACAUGAACCAGUUCACGUUUUAACGAAAGUUCUCGAAA